AUGGCGGUUCAAGUCCAUAAAAUUACUCCGUUUUUUGCGAGGAGUAUUCAAUCCAGAAGCUCGUUUGAGAAAGGGUUAAUUCGUCAAGUGUUUCGGUCAAUUUCAACAACUUUUAAAGCGCUUACUUCCUCUGAGGAAAAUGAUGAUAAACCAACGCGUCUUUUGCGCGUCGCAGUGAUUGGUGAACCAAAUAGUGGAAAAUCAACUUUAACAAAUCGCUUGGUUGGGAAUCAGGUUUCUGUCGUGACGAAUGUGCCGCAUACCACAAGACAAAGGACUUUGGGCGUUUACACUGAAGGUAAUUGCCAAUUGGUGUUAUUGGAUACACCAGGCAUAGUUACAGUGGAAGAUGGUAGACGUCUAAAAAUGACCAAAGAGCACAUGCGAACACCUGCAAGCUGUCUGGAAGAAGUUGACCUGGUGGCAAUACUUGCUGACUCAGCAAACAAAUAUCAACGAACGAAAAUCCAUCAUGAAAUAAUCCACUUACUUCAAACACACGGCAACCUGCCAACUGUGCUAAUACUGAAUAAAAUAGAUCAAGUUCGACACAAGGUGAAGCUGUUGCAUUAUUCAGCCGUACUCACAGAGGACAGACAGAAGGACGAGUGGGGUUAUCUACAACAGGGAGGGACAAGUAGGUUUAGUCAUGUAUUCAUGGUGUCGGCACUAACAGGAGAUGGGGUGGAUCACUUAAGGCAGUAUAUGCUUGCCAAGGCAACCCCAGGGAGAUGGCUUUAUUCAGCUGGUGUAACAACAGACUUAGAUGUUCAAGAACAAAUUGCUGAAAUAUUUCGAGGGAAAUUGCUCAGCUUGUACAAGCAUGAAAUUCCUUGGCAGACCAGACAGGUAAAUAUAUUUUGCAAACAAAAAGAUGAUGGCAUCCUUAAGGUGCAUCAAAAGCUUUACUGUCGUCGAGAUAGUCAGCGAAGAUGCAUUUUGGAGAAAAUAGAUGAACUUCAGCAAAAUGCCAAAUUGGAAAUUGAAAAUACACUAAACUGUUCAGUUGAUUUGACUGUGGAAGUUGGUGUGUCAAAGGCUAUGGUAAAUAAUCCUGUUCCAAUGAUUUAGGAAAAAGAAGAUUGCUUAAUAUGUUAUUGUUUCUGAUGAAAAUUGCUGAAUUUCUUCCACGAUUUUUCCUUGUAAAUUGAAUUUCUUCUUGGCUCAAAACUGUAUUAUAAUAAUUAUG